AUGUAUUCGAAUGUGGACGCCGCGUCCGAGGGCCUGCCGGAGGUGCUGAUGUGCCAGCGGUGCCAGGAGCAGUUCACCGAGCUCCAGGAGUACCUCACGCACAAGGCCGAGUGCGACAAGAAGGCCAUCAAACACGACGACCCUGCCCAUUCCGAUCCCGAGGAUAUGGUGGUGUCCGAAGAAGACGACGACGACGACGAGACUGGCGGGAAGAGGCUGGAACGCAUGCGACGCCACCGUCAAGACGCCGCCAACAACAACAGCGUGGAGGAGAACUCUCCGGACGACAACAGUCAGAGACUGGGGUUCCCUUUUUCUGUGCCCGCCGCCCCCGGCCACGUGACGCUCGAGGCGCUGCAGAAUACCAAGGUGGCCGUGGCGCAAUUCGCCGCCACCGCUAUGGCGAAUAACACCGACAACGAGGCGGCUUUACAAGAACUGGCGGUGUUGCAGAGUACCCUAUUCACGCUGCAACACCAACAAGUGCUUCAGCUGCAACUGAUAAAUCAACUCCAGCAGCAGUUGCAGAUAGACAGGACUAAGGAGGACGAGGAAGUCUCACCCGUAUCGCCGCCGCCUUCAGAGAACGAAGCAGAAACGACGCCUGAGUCACCGCCCGCACCUCAGGCUAUACCAGCGUCGAGAGAACCCACCCCCGCAUCCCUACCACCUCAGAUGAGUCACUCUAUGAUGCAGCAAUCCCCGGUGUCGGGACCGUCGCCAGAAGUGAGCGCCCCGCCGUCUUUGCCCCCACAGAUCCAACCCCCGAUGUGUUCAAUAUCGUCCUCUCUAGCAUCCACCAUAAUCACGCAUACAGACGAACAGCCUUCCUUGGACGAACCUAACACUUUGGAAAUGCUACAGAAAAGAGCGCAGGAAGUGUUAGACAACGCCAGUCAAGGCCUGUUGGCUACGAAUCUGGCCGACGAGUUGGCAUUUAGGAAAAGUAAAGGAUCCAUGUCGCCCUACGACUCUAAAGGCAGGAACGAACCGUUCUUCAAGCACCGCUGCAGGUACUGCGGUAAAGUGUUCGGGUCAGACUCUGCUCUUCAAAUACAUAUCCGUUCUCACACAGGAGAACGCCCCUACAAGUGCAAUGUAUGUGGUAGUCGCUUCACCACUAAAGGAAACUUAAAGGUCCACUUCCAGAGACACAGUCAGAAAUUCCCUCAUAUCAAGAUGAACCCCAAUCCCGUACCGGAACACUUAGAUAAGUACCACCCGCCUCUGCUCGCCCAACUAGGUCAGCAACCGUCUUUGUCGCCAGGAGGUCCCCCACAUCCCCCGCAUUUGGGUUUUCCUGGAGCCCACCCUUACCCCCCUACCUCCUUGCCGUUGUUCAGGCCGCAAGGACCUCCGCCUCCAGAACUGUUAAAUAGCAGACUUCAGCCCUCGCCGCACAGACUACAGGAACCGCCCCCUAGACUGUUUCCUCCCCAUCCCUUGUUUAUGAAGCGGGAGGAACAAGACACGCCGGCGGACUUGAGUAAACCGCAAAGAUCGCCCACUCCUGAGGGAAAAAACGAGAAAAACGAACAGGAAGAUAAACGAGAACCAAACGAAGACGCUAAAGCUAUAUCGGUUCCCCAAAUAACCCCUAAACAAGAACCAAGUUACACCGAUAACGAAAACGAGAACGAGCCUGAAAGGUAUUCUUCUCCCAUUCCCUACGACGAGUGUAGCAACAGCAGUAAAUACAGCAACGAGGAUAUUUUGGAGCAGCGGAGUCCAGGUGCAGAGCAGUCGGAAAAUAUGCAAGAUGAACCAGAGAACUUAUCAAACAGGAGCAGUUCUAUCACUGUACCCUUGAGUAUUUCUACAGGACAGAGACUACCCGCUAGUUUCUCCUUUGGGCACGCCAGUUCUCCACCUAGCAGCACCUCUUCGGGAAGUUUGGGACCUUUCCCUACUACUCCGCUCGCGGAUAUUACUAAGGAUCCUUCCAUGUACACAAACUUGUUGCCCAGGCCAGGCAGCAACGACAACUCCUGGGAGAGUCUGAUUGAGAUCACGAAAACCUCGGAGACUAGCAAAUUACAACAACUGGUGGAUAACAUCGAACACAAACUCUCUGAUCCGAACCAGUGCGUGAUAUGCCACAGAGUGCUGUCCUGCAAGAGCGCCUUGCAGAUGCACUACAGAACGCAUACAGGAGAAAGGCCCUUCAAGUGCAAGAUAUGCGGUCGCGCCUUCACCACCAAGGGCAACCUCAAGACGCACAUGGGCGUGCACAGGGCCAAGCCUCCUAUGAGGGUGCUCCACCAAUGCCCAGUCUGUCACAAGAAAUUCACCAACGCUCUGGUUUUGCAGCAACAUAUCCGCCUCCAUACAGGCGAACCCACUGAUCUCACCCCCGAGCAAAUCCAGGCGGCGGAAAUAAAAGACUUUCCUUCCCCAGGAGGCUUCCCGGGCCUCCCGAAUUCCAUGCAUCCAUUCCUCAGCCAGGGCUUCCCGGUGCCGGGGCUGUCUCCCUUGGGACACUCCGGGAUACCCCUCAACAUGAAGUUUGACAGAGACGUGAAAUCGGAGCACGGGAGUAUGGACGAAGACGAUGACGACGACGAUGAUAUGAUGAGCAACUCGGAGCACCAGAAUAUUAUGCCGCCGUUUUCGUCGUCUCCUUCUGAUACGCAUAACCCUUCUGUUCCGGUGAGCACGAUGGCAUCGCAGUUUUCCUUAGCAGGGUUGAGCUGUACGGCGGAAGAUCUGUGUUCGAGUCGCGCCGUGGUCUCCACACCGCCCCCCAUGCAGAACGGGGAGAAGUCGCCAAGUCAGUCGGGAGUUACCAGCCCGGGGAGUUCGGAAAUUAGGUCGUCUCCAAACCAGACUCCCGUCCAGAUACCACGCCCUCCAUCAUCUCAACAGGCCAGCAGCCCCACACCAUCAGACAACUCAAUGGGUGCAUUGGACUUGACCCCAAGGAACAGUCAACCGACGAUUACUAGUCCUGGACCAACGACUCCCGGUGCUGCGCCUCCAUUAUUUCCAUCCUUUGGCUUGUUACCGUCAGGGGGACAAUCACCUUUGAUGUCGUCAGCUCUGUCAUCGUUGACCUCAUCUGUUUUGACCUCCACGUCGUUUAGUCCGUUGAGAUUGGCAGUGGGACCCGUAGGAAGACGAGGCAAUACCACUUGCAACCUUUGCUUCAAGACGUUCGCCUGCAACUCUGCCCUAGAGAUCCACUACAGGAGCCACACCAAAGAGAGGCCCUUCAAGUGUUCCGUAUGCGACAGAGGCUUUUCCACCAAGGAGGCUUGCGUUUGCAAGCAGAGGCGUAUCCAGGAUGAAGUGGAACCAUGGAGGGCGAAAAAGCGCAAAGCCGCCCUUCGCCGGUCAAUACCUUCUGUGUUUCCGUUACCGAUGAGCCCUGGAUACGCCUCCACGUGGAUGCAAAUGGCGGGAAACAUGAAGCAGCACAUGCUCACGCACAAGAUACGCGACAUGCCGCAACACAUGUUCGAGAACAAGCCGCCCUCGGUGAGCGGCGACGAUUCCACCCCCCUGCCUCCCAGCCUGCCCUCCAGAGAACCGGCAAGCAGCGACGGAGAGCAGCAGCAGCACCAGCAGCAGCAACAGACGCCGCCGCAGGUCCUGCAACCUCCCCACCAGAUCAAACCCGAACAAGAACCGCAGCAAAUCAAAAGAGAACCCACAGAGACUGAGCUACCCCUUCCUAAGCGCCCCCCAAGCUUACAAUCAAGUAAGCACUUGUGCCACGUAUGCAAUAAGAACUUCUCGUCCAGUUCGGCCCUUCAAAUUCAUAUGCGGACGCACACCGGCGACAAGCCCUUUCGAUGCACCGUCUGCCAGAAGGCCUUCACCACCAAAGGCAACCUGAAGGUUCACAUGGGAACGCAUAUGUGGAGCAACGGGGCGUCCCGACGAGGGCGACGCAUGUCCCUAGACCUCCCUCCCAUCCCCAUGACGCCCAAGGAUUCCGAAUUUCUGCAGCGGAGGCCAGACCUCUUCUACCCGUACCUCCCGGCUCCAUUCCUUAACGGAAUGCAGCAAAAGCUGAACGAAAUCUCGAUGGUGCAGAAUAGCCAGAACGGCAUGGCAGGAGCCGGCAAGUACAGUGGCCUCCUCGGCUUCGGUUAUCCGCCGCCAGAGGCCAUCCGAUCUCAGGCGAGCUCUCCCGAACGACCCGAGAGACCGCCCAGCCGCGAACCCGACACCACCCGAGGUCUGUGGGACCUGCACUUCGACAGGAAGACGACACCGGACACCUCCAGGGAGGACCUUUUGCCGGCCACUAGGGAGGGCCUAGCCGCCUGA